UUAGACAAAUGAUUCCCAAACAGAAACCACGUGUGUUGAUAUGCUGUGUGUGUUGUCUCCGCUUGUGCGAAGUUGAAAUACUAUGUCUAAAUACAAUCAAAAGAAAUUUGGGAGUAGAAAAGGAAGCCGACAGCAACCGAAGCUAGGGUUCCUGAAGGAGGAAACGCUAAGCUAUUAUCGAAGAGUGUAUGAGGCUGUGAAGGAAGGUUUUGUCAGUGACGAAGAUAAAAAUAUAUUUUUAAACAACACUUUCAAUCAACUGGUUCAGGAGGCCUUGGAGGUGGCACAGAAUCAGACAUGCAGCAGGAUUAUUGAGUCUCUGAUCUCCCAAGGUUUGAGCAACAACCUUCGGAAGCUGUUUGUAGCCUUAUGUGCUGACCUUUCAAUUUCUUUCCUAGACCGUUUUGCCAGCCAUGUAUUCCAGACAUUGGUUCUUCAUUUGCCUCUUUACUUUGUGGCAGCAAGGUCUGAUGGAACAGACGAAGCAACAGGCAAAAAUAAGACUGAUAAUGACGAGGAAGAGGACAUUGGGCAGGAAAAAGUAGAAGCCAGUUUUAAAGAAGUGUGCAAUUUUGUGUACAAAAAUUUUGAGACAUUGAUGACACAUACUUAUGGAAGCCAUGUUUUGCGAAGUAUGCUGGAGACUCUUAGUGGUGUGCAAGUGGAACAUAAGAUUCAUAAAGGAAAGGGUUCUCAAGCCUGCCAGCAAAUAAAUGUAGAACGACAGCUUAAAGGGCAGAACUGGCAGGUACCACAAAACUUUAAAGAACUUUUCAACAAAUAUGCAGGGAAGCUAAUGCAACUAUGUGAUUAUGAAGUCCAUCUCAAAGAUACUAGUGCAAGCCCUGUCAUACAGACUGUUCUUUUAAUAUGGAACAAAACAGACGAAGACCGGUGUCAGGCUGAGUGUAAGACCAUCAUACAGCGUGUCAAGCUGUCCUUUUCUUCAGAAGAUCAUUCAGAAUUUAUUCCUGAUAUGGCCACCAGCCAGGUAGGAUCACACUUACUGGAGCUCAUUAUGAACCUGAGUACUCCACAAAUGCUUGAAGAGAUGCAUGCUGCUCUCUUUAAAGGGAGAUUAUUGCACUAUGCAAUCCAUCCAAUUGCAAAUUAUGUCCUACAACGAUUUAUGUCUUCUUUGAAGGAAAAAGCUCUUUUGGCAGAGGUUUUUCAGGAGCUGUCAAAGCAUGUAGAGGAUGUACUGGCUGUUGGCCAUCUUGGAGUGAUUAUUUCGCUGGCGGAUGCUUGUCGGCGAAAUCAGCAUUGUCAAGAUGACCUAGUGAAGGUGCUAAUGGAAGCUUUUCACUGUAAUGAACCAGUUGAAAGACAAAUACUUUUACCAAAGCUGAUUGCUUCAUUUAUAACAUACGAUGUCUUCUUCAAAAUAAAUGAAGAUACCGGCAAACCUCCUGAUGAUGCUAAGGAACCUCUGCUAACGUCAGUAAACUUGCAAGGGUCCCUCCUGGUGCAGCAGUUACUGCAAUUUGACAGACCCACACUUAUGACUCAGGGUAUUGUAGGGAUGACACCAGCAGAAUUAAGUCUGCUGUGCUGCUGUCCUAUGGGUAGCCAUAUUGUGGAUGUCUUCUUUUCUAGUCCUUAUGUGCUUCAAAAGUGCAAAGAUGAUUUUUUGAAGAAACUGAAGGGUCUUCUGAUGGAAGUGGUUUGCUCAAAGAAUGGGAGCCGAUGCAUAGAAAAUGUCUGGAAGAAUCUCAACUUCAAGCAGCGCAUCAGUGUGGCUGAAGAGUUGGCUGAAAGUGGAGCACGUCUUCACAAUGAUCGUUAUGGCCGUUUCCUUUAUAGCAGCUUUGGCAUAGCGCAGUUCCUUCAGCAGCGAAAACAAUGGAUACAACAUCAGGGAGCAUUGACAAAACGCCGUCGAAUGUUAACUGAUCUGCUUCACAAAAAAGAACCCCCAUCUAAAAAGCAGAAACUGCAGAAGGAUAACAGAGAACUCAUGGUACAGGAUGAGGAAGAUGAUGAUAAAUUUACUGCAAUGUCCAAGGCGGCAAAGCCAAAACACAAUAAAAAAUCAAAAUUAGCUGCUGAACCAGACAAAAAGAAACCCAAAGUGAUUUUACAGGAAGAGAAAACUGAAGACAAAGUCACGAAGAUGUUCAAGACUGCAAAGUCAAAAAAGCAUAAAAAAUCUAAAUCAGCUGGUAACUAAUUUAUGAUGUGUUUUGCAGAAAGGUAAUGGUAAAAAAUAAACUUUGCAGCUAACAUAGGUGAUUCAUAUGCAGGUAUAUCGAGAUAUAAAAAUACUGGUUUUAAGUUUCAGAGGACCUUGUAAGUUUUCUCCAAAUGAAAAAAACAUUAUCACUAUGGUCUCUAAGAAUGAUGUAAUCACCAGUCUUGAGAACAUAAAACAUCUCCUACGUGUCUGGACAUGAUUUAAAAACAAAAAAUAAACUGUUGGAUGUUCAGUUCGUUUGAUAAUACAGUUUCCAUGCAGACCCAGAGGAUGGAUCUUGGAACCAAAUACAUUUGGCAUUUCCCUUGUAUCUAAAGAACAUUUUUUAUGGGGUCAAUUCCACAAGAGAUGCUGCUUGACAGCAUAACCUCAUGAACAAGAAGAAGAUGAGGGUUGGUGGUGGGGGAAAGUGGGGUUGAGGGGAAAGGCAGCAGGUGGGCUUGUUGUGAGUGAAUUUGUAUGCAGCAUGUUACAGAGCGUCGAUGUGUGUGCAUGUAUGCUUCUGUGUAUUCCUGUCCUAAUGCAGGUGAAGCAGGGUGUCUGCAGUGAAAUGUGGCUAGAAUAAAAUUAAUAUACAAUCAUGA